AUGGGCUUCAUGCAAAGUCGAUGUGAUAACUCUCUUUUCACAUAUCAUUACGGGGGUGAUAUUGCGUAUUUAUUGAUCUAUGUCGAUGAUAUUAUUCUCACCACUUCUACCGAUUCGCUACGAGAGAAACUAAUGGGCAGCCUCGCGGCUGAAUUCGCAAUGAAAGAUCUUGGACCUCUUAGCUACUUCUUGGGUAUUACGGUCUCUCGCAUUCGUCAGACUAUGUUUCUGUCACAAAAAUCUUAUGCCUUGGAUAUUGUUAAUCGUGCGGGUAUGUCCUCAUGCAAUCCGGUCGGUACACCAGUCGAUACAAAGCCUAAGCUUGCCGCUACAUCUGGUACACCGUUUGAAGAUCCCAAGUUAUACCGAAGCCUUGUGGGCGCUCUUCAAUAUCUCACGUUUACUCGGCCUGAUAUUAGUUACGCGGUUCAACAAAUAUGCAUUCACAUGCAUCAUCCUAGCAUUGAUCAUUGGCAGGCAUUGAAACGCAUUAUUCGUUAUAUUCAAGGCACGGCAGACUAUGGGCUCACUCUAUCCUCGUGUUCGGAUAUCCCUCUCCGGGCGUAUACCGACGCCGAUUGGGCAGGGUGUCCCGACACCCGUCGCUCUACAUCUGGAUAUUGCGUUUAUAUGGGGCAAAAUCUUUUAUCUUGGUCUUCUAAGCGGCAAUCGACCAUCUCGCGAUCUAGUGCUGAAGCCGAAUACCGUGCAGUUGCUAAUGUUGUUGCUGAAAUUUGA